AUGGCUUUCCUGUUCAGAGCCAUUUUCCUCUGUUUUUUCCUUUACCAUGCAAAAGCAGAACAUUUCCCGAGUCUUACUGGCCACAGUCUCAUCGCCAACUUCAGUGGGAGAAAACUACUUGCUGGAGGCUGCAAUUUCUUCCAAGGUAAAUGGGUGUAUGAUGCUUCAUACCCUCUCUAUGACUCCUCAAGCUGUCCCUACAUAAAUCCACAAAAUGACUGCAUCAAGUACGGGAGGCCUGAUAGAGAGUAUCUCAAGUACAGAUGGCAGCCCUCCUCUUGCAACUUGCCAAGGUUCAAUGCAGUGAAUCUCUUGAACGGAUGGAGGGGGAAGAAGAUUUUGUUUGUGGGUGACUCGCUGAGCGUGAACAUUUGGGAGUCUCUGUCUUGUUUGAUUCAUGCCCAGUUGCCCAAUGCCAAGACUUCAUCCACCACGAGAGGAAACCUUUCUACGAUCACAUAUCAGGAUUAUGGUGUGGAAAUAUCUCUGUACUGGUCGCGAUUCCUUGUGGAUGUCGUGCAAGAGCAAGCGGGACGGGUCCUGAAGCUUGACUCGAUCAAAGGUGGCAAUGCGUGGCGAGGGAUGGACAUAUUGAUCUUCAACUCCUGGCACUGGUGGCCCUACAAUGGAAGCGCUCAGAUUUGGGAUUACAUUCAACAAGGCGACAAAUUGUACAAGAACAUGAAUCGACUGGAGGCAUAUCAUAAAGGAUUGACCACUUGGGCUCGAUGGGUGGACGCUAAUGUUGAUCCUUUGAGAACACAAGUCUUCUUCCAAGGAAUUUCCCCAGACCACUAUAAUGGGAAAGACUGGAAUGAACCGUCACAGACUUGCUCCGGCCAAACGCAGCCGUACCUUGGUACCAAGUACCCCGCCGGGCUUCCGGAGUCUUGGGCCAUCGUGAACAAAGUUCUGAGCGGGAUCAAGAAGCCAGUCUAUCUGCUCGACAUCACAACACUCUCGCAGCAUCGGAAGGACGGGCACCCGUCGCUGUACAGUGGAACGCGCAGGGGCAAGGGCGUGGAUUGCACCCACUGGUGCCUCCCAGGGUUGCCUGACACCUGGAACGAGCUCUUCUAUGCAGUUCUGUUUAGCUGA